UAUAUCACAUAAAUCAGCUCGGUCAUCUCAUAAUAUUGAAUUUUGAAAAAUAUGUAAAAAAGAACUUCAGCAGUGUUACUGUGUUACUAAUCAAAGAUGAACCGGGAUGAACUUUGGCGUCAGUGUGUGGAAUGGUUGGUCUUGGUAGGAGCCUUGCCUCCUACUCAUAAGGCUCGCUAUCCUGAUUCUGUCGUUUUUGAUUUGGCACAAACUCUUCGAGAUGGAGUUGUACUCUGUAAUACACUCAAUAUUAUUGCACCUGGAGUUGUGGAUGAAUCUCAAAUCAAUUUUCGAGCUCAAAUGUCCGAGUUUUUGUGCAUGCAGAAUAUUCGGGUUGUCAUCCAAGCAUUACAUAGCUACUUCAGGAUCCCAGCAGCUGAAUUGUUCAAUGCCCAAGAUCUUUAUCAGAUGACAAAUUUUGAAAAGGUGCUGAAUGCAUUGUCCUAUUUAUCCAGUAUACCAGAAAUUUCUUCAAGAUACCAACAAUUUUAUCCAAACUCAAGGUUGAGCACUCAACGAUCCAGUUUUGAAGAUGAAGAUAUUUACAGGAAUCUACCAGAGCUUGCCAGUGAGCGAGCACUGGCGGAUGAAGAUGAAGAUCUUUAUGAUUCUGUACCUGAAGAAGUAAAAGAUGAAGGAAUUUAUGGAUCGUUGAUUGAUCUGAAGAGAAAUGCUAGUGUUACUUCAUCACAAAAACUGGACAAACGUGGAUGUUGCAUCCAUGAGAUCGUUGAGACUGAAAAUAAUUAUGUCACUCAUCUUGUUAUGAUGGUCGAACAAUUUAUGAUUCCACUGCGUCAAUGUUUAUCUGAGCAAGAUAUUAAAACCAUUUUUAUGAAUAUAGAGCAAUUACGACCCAUUCACACCAGUUUUCGGGACGAACUUGUCAAAUUACAGAGAAAUGGUCAGAACGCCAAGUUCAGCCAACCUUUUAUACAGUAUAGGGAGAAGUUUCUGAUUUACGGAGACUAUUGCAGUAAUUUGGUCGAUGCCCAGGAUCAUUUGGAAGAAUGUAGUAAAAAUGAAGAAGUUCGGCUUAAAAUUGAGGAGUGUCAAAUGAGUUCAAGUCGAAACAAGUUUAAACUACGUGAUCUACUGUGCGUACCUAUGCAAAGAAUUUUAAAAUAUCAUCUGCUUGUUAAGGAACUCAAUAAGCACACGACGGACGGUCACGUCGACAAGCCAAAUAUGCCACAAGCUCUCACAUCUAUGCAGGAAUUAUCAUUAUACAUCAAUGAAGUUAAACGAGACAGCGAAGAAUUGAUAAAGAUAAAUCAGAUUGAAGCAAGAUUAGAAGAAUAUGAUCAGUCUAUCCCCUUGAGAGAAUAUGGAAGAGUACGCUACGACGGAGAACUCAAAGUGAAAUUUGCCGACGACAAAAACAUCAGCAGCCGCUAUGUGUUCUUAUCCGACAAAGCUCUCUUCAUGUCCAAAUUAAAGAAUGAUUCAUAUAUUCUGAAAGAUUUGAUACGAUUAGAAGAUAUGCAGCUCGAUGAAAUGCCAAAUCAAAAGCAAACUGGAGGAAAAUGGAGUUGGGUAUGGAAGUUGUUCUCAAUGAAGCAAGGCGUUCGGAACUACAUGCUUUAUGCUAAAACUUUGCAGGAAAAAGCAAAAUGGUUGGAAGCAUUUAAGGACUCAGCUGAUAACAUCAGCCCUCGGGCACUAAAGGGGAAGAAGCACAAUUUCGAGAUGCAGACCUUCGCAGAACCCACCACAUGCAGCAGUUGUCAGCUCCUUCUCAAAGGGAUAUUUUACCAGGGAUACGAAUGCACCGUUACCAAUGCCAGAUGCCACAAACAAUGUCUCGCUGACACUCUCAAAUUGAUUGAAGAUAAAGCAAUAGACGCAUCUACAAAAGCUGGUCGAAACAAAGACAAGGCACCACCUGUUCCACAGCGUGGCGGAAAGAGGCCAAAUCCUUCACAGGGACAAAAACCGCCCAGCAGUCAAUCGAUCACAGUCGGAUCAUUAAGUUACAAGGCACAUCGACAAUAUACAGGAACACCGGCACCGCCCUUCCCAAAUGCUCCUAUCAUUACUUUUAACAUUGGCGAACCGAUCGAAGUUUUGGAACAAGUUACUUCAGACUGGUGGAAGGGGAAAUCAUUUGCGAAUUACGAUAAAAUUGGAUAUUUUCCUGCAUCCUAUGUCAGCCCGAUCGGUGUUAAUACAGAAAAGGGAAACCCAGCUUUUGUUUGUGCCAGUGAUGAUUCUUCGCACAUAUCACAAGCACACUACAGCAGUCAUGCGGAUCAAUUUAAAGCGAUCAAGCGUCCACAUCGAGUUGACAACAACACGACAAGCACAGUUAUUGUUACGCAAGAGAAUAGUCAUCACCGACUUCACGAAGAAAACUUUGAUACCCCAAAACCAUGUCCAUCCAGUCCUGAACAGCUAAAGAACUAUUACUGGUACGCUGGAGAGAUUGAUCGUAAUGAAGCAGAAAAAUUGUUAUUGGAUACGCCCUCAGGAACAUUUUUAAUAAGGAGAAAAGCUCCUCUAAGUCUUGUUAUAAGUCUCAAAUUUCAAAAAGAUAUAAAGCAUAUAAGAAUUUUACAAACAGACGACGGUAUGCAUUAUGUAGCAGAAUGUAAAAACUUCAAAUCAGUUCAGGAUUUGGUCACCUUUUAUCAAAACAACUCAUUAUCAGGGUUUUUCCUGGGGUUGGAAACAACAUUACGAUUUCCAUACAGAGAUCCAGUCAUGUUUCCUGGAAUGCCUUCACCUAUUUCACCGUUGAGACAGAGCAAUUAUCCUCCUCAACCAAGUCAGAGGGUAUCAAGACGUCCGCAAAACGGAAACGGUUGGCAAAGUGAUAUCAGAACUGUUAAUGGUCGUUCGUAUGAUAUUAUCGGCCAAGCGAGGGCACAGUUUCCAUUUGAAGCAAGAAGUGAACAGGAAUUGAGUUUACGAGCAGGUCAAAUCGUUAAUAUUAUCAGUAAAGCUGGAAGUUCGCAUGGUUGGUGGAAAGGAGAACAUUCUGGGCAGGUUGGGUAUUUUCCCACCACGUUCGUUAUCGAAAUAUAGCAUACAUAUCUGUACGAACAUUGUCCACACAAGCCUAGAUGAAACUUAUAACGUAUACACGGUCGAGCAUGAUGCACUACUGCUUCCGUCAAGUGAUGUACACUUGUCGAAAAAAGAGAGUGUUUUAAUAAAUGCUCGAACCAACGGCUAUCAACUUUACCACUCUACUUUAUUCUUCAUUCUUAUUAUAAUAAUUUUAUUGUUAAAAAAACUUUAUUUUAAUUUUCACAUCAACUGUAUUCCACUGUUGCACCAACUCUCAAGUCCUUUUUUCUCAUAGAGUGCAGCGUUUUAUGCUUUUCCUUUUUAUUUCGCCUUUCCGUUCGUUCAUUUUUUUUCUGCUUUUAUUUGCUGGUGACAGGAGGCCUGCACGUACUAUUACUGUUCUGUAUCUUAUUAUAAUAAUAUUGGUUUCUUUUUGAGAAAUGAUAAUUUUUUUCUUCUCUCGUACCAACCGCAUUGUGCCCCAUGUAGGUUUUCCGAUGUUUACACCAGUAUAAUCAUUCAUAAAGAUAUUCGCGAAAUUCAAAAAAAAAAUUUUUAUAUAUGAACUAAUAAAUCUCCAUUUUGGACUUAAAAUAAUAUUUUCCAAUCUUUUUGAAUUAUGUACUGGCAACCAAACUUAUUGAAGUUACGUAAUUCGAAAAUUAAAUGCAUACAACGUAGAAGAAAAUCGAGCUUUUUUUGCUGAUAUAGCUAGAUGGCGUCUGAAUCGUCAUUCGAAAAGUAUUUUAGUUAUUGUUUGCUCAUGCCUUCAAUUGAUUUAACGAUUUACAUGUUUCAAUGGGAUAAUGUAUCUAUUUUAGUGUUGAGUAUUGUUUGCCAUAAUUUACACAUAAGGUAAUAAGUUACGACACUCUGCUGCACUCAUGCCUUUUUCUGAUAAUUUUAGGAAAUUUUUGGAUUAUGAAAACCUGUUUUUACUAUCGAAAUUAACAAUCAUUCUAAAUUUGAUAUAUCAUCAAAAAGUUUCAUUUUUUUUGUUAUUAUUUGUCUAUUCUUUUAAUUAAUAAUGAAAUUUUUUGAUUUAAACUUUUUACCCCAAUCAUAAAAUUAAAAUUUGUGUUUUUAUACCCAAAAAUGGAGAUUAAGUUCGAGACUAUAAUAAAAUCACCUAUGUUUAACUUUUUGGUUUUUAGCGAAAAUUCUUAAAGUUAUGUCCAAUUGUGCUUGCCCUUUCUAUUUUUAAUGAAGAUUUAACUUUUUGUGUUACUAAUAGGUUUGUUUAAGAAUGAUAGUAUAUAUGAGAUUUUAUCUCUUCAGCAUUAGUGUUAAUGUUUUUUAUCAAGCCUGUCAUCUUGUAAUUCUCAACCAUCAUCGCCAAAUCGUUCUAAUGUUUAUGAUUUAAGAUAUGAUUGAUUGAUAGGGGUCAUCAUCAAUUUCUUUUUGAACUUGAGGAGUAUUGCUAGGAUUUACAUUGAAAUUCAUGUAAUUUGUUGAUUUUUUUUUGUAAAUUUCAUUAUGAAGUGUUCCUUACGCUAAUAGCGAUCUCAGUACGGUUCGAACUGCCUGUUGAAUAAAUCGCUAUAGAACUAGUAUGUAAAUCAGAGGUGUGCAACUGGCGGUCCGCGGGCCACAACCCCUGCUCGCCAAGCCGUUAGUGUGGCCAUAAUCACUACUCAGAUUUUUCCCCAUCAAGUAUAAAUUUCUAACUAUUGUCAAAGCUAAUAACAACAAACUAUGCAAGAACUUACAAGUGUUUAAAUGAAGUUUUGCAUCACAAUGAUUAGUUUUUUUCGGUGACCCAGACAGAUGUCUGUUGGAUAUGAAGUUGGAUAUAUGGCCCACCAACAAAAACGUCGCACACUCGGAUUUUGUAAGCGAUUUGUGCGAGAUUCUAAACAAUCACAUAUUAUUCUAUUGUUUCAUAUCACAUUUAUCAUGUGAUAUAUCACCUUGUAUACCAGACAUUGAAUAUAGAUUAAAAACACUCCUUGCUUUGAUACGAACAAAAUAUAGUCAUAUUCAAUGACCAUGUUGACUAGCAGAAAAUAAAAUUUGAAAAAUAUUAUGAUGUUUGCAUAUUAUACAAGGACAUUUCACCUAAAAAAAGUAUUUAUCGUAUUUAUUAUUGGUUAUCCUUAGUGCCUUUCAUUCAAAAAAAUUUCUCAUCUUGUUCGUACAAACUAUAAUUUUAAUUUAAACAUAUAAAUAGAAGCCAGGUGCAUGGCAAAAACUUUGUUAUUGUGUGACGAAUGGACGCUUUGCUAAUUCAAAUUUAUAUCUUAGUCCUAUUUUUCUAUUUAUUGUUAUUUCUUAAGCAAUAUGAUGAAAUUUGAUUUCAAAUUAGUCACACUACGUUAUGCUCCCUCAUAAAUAUAGAACUUAGGUCAUUAAAGUCAGCAGGAAAUGCAAAUGAAAAAAAAAUAUAUUUUGAAUUUCGUUAAGGCAUACCAGUCAAGUCUAUUUUUUUCCCAGCCAGGUGUAAACAAUCAUAAGAAAUAUUCGAAAAAGAGAUAAUCGUACGGUUUUCUGGGGAAGCAAAGUCGCAGGGAACCAAACCAGAUUAUCGAACAGUAACACCCAAGGUUCUAAAAUCUAAUUAGAAAGAUCAAUCAAAUUAUCAACAUUACUUUAUGAUCCAGAAAUUCAGAAAAAAAAAAUUCAGAAAUGCUCCUAUUUUAACUUAGUAUCCCCUGAAAGGAAAACUGGCUUGAGAUAACUAAUUCUAUCAACCAAUUACAACCUCACACAUUGUCUGUAUACCCGUUAUCAUAAUUUAACAAUAACAAAUCAUUGAGUUAACCUUUUCAAGACUAUACUAAUAUCAUUGUAAUAAUAUGGUUGGACAAAGACGCAUUGUUCAGAAAUUAUUACAUCAUUGGAAUGUCAUGUCGUGAAAUGAUGAAACACUUAUCAACAUUCAGGAUUGUUUUCUUAAGGAUAGUUCAUUUAAUCAAUAUCUGAAACUCAUACACGCUUGAUUCAUAUUUUGGAAUAUUAUUAGGUUAAAAAUCGGUUAUUUAUAAUUAUUAAGGGGCCAUCGAAUAAAAUAUCCGAUAUAAUAUGUGAAAUUUUAUGUGCAAUCAGUGUGUGUGUGUGAUGUGCACACACACGCCAAGGUUUUUAGUGUCGGAUGACUGGUUUUGUUUAUAUGGAUUUUUUUUCAUCUCAUGUACUUCGAUUAUCUUUAUGUUAUUGCUCUCGUCAUUUGUUUAUAUACAUGUUUAUUAGUAUAUUAUUCUUGUAAAUACAUUCUUAUCAUUAUGUUUCCAGUUUCUGAUAAAAUAAAUUAAACAAGGUAUUUGAAA